AUGACGAUGAGCGUUGAGAGGAGCAAGCAGGAGGGCCAUUGCGGCCAGGAGUGCAAAAAAGCCUACGGGCCGCGAGCAGGACGACUUGGGAUUGAAUGUCUGGUGAGCAAUAACCGCGUCAUUAUUUCCCGGCUCGCAUUGACAGGUGAUCUUGGAGUACUCAUGGGCGAGAUCGCUGCUGAUUCCAUGCAUCAUAUUCGGGAGAUGGAGAUGAAUCAACAAGCCAUAGUUCUGCAGGUUGCCGCCGGCUUUGUUCUCUUCUUCAGUGCAUGGGGCAUGAUCAACACACUUGCCGUCUUCCAAACCUACUCUGAGAGCGGCGAGCUCUUCAAAGCCUCCUCUUGCAGAUCUCUUGGAUAG